GUUGAGAAAAGCGAAAGUCUUUCCUAUAAUAUAAGAACAAACCUCACGUGAUAAUCUGGGGUGUGUUCAGUACAGACCGCCUGUAGUAUAAGUAUAAAUUUAAACCAUGCAUUAAGUGCUUUCAUAUUUUGCUGCUAAAUGACACACAAACACUGUAGAAUUUCUAAUUAAUGAUGGCUGUUUCUGCUUGUUUCUGGAUUUUCAUUUUAAUCUUCAGCUCCAUGUAUACAGUUCAGCCUGGUGGACGCUGUGUAACUGCACAAUCCUUUACAGAGCCAGAAGUUUAUCACCCUGAUAAAGAUAUCAGUGUGAAUCUCUGUGACUCGGCUCUUCUCAGGUGUUGUGUUUUUGACAAUAAAGGAGGAGAAAUUUUCUGGUUCAAGCAAGAAAACAAAAAAACGCCUGUUUUUAUUGCUGGACCUUUUAACACUGUUGGAGAAACGUUUUAUAGUGAAUUCCAAAAUUCUCGUAUUCGGAUAAAAAAAAAUGAAGAAAAGUGCUUCGUUAUGACUAUUUUAAACACCGAGAUGUCUGAUGAAGCCACGUACUAUUGCGCAAUCAUGUUUUCAUCUGGGACUUAUUUAAAAAUUAAAGAAACAUCUCCAUCAGCUCUGUGUGCAUCUGAACCAACACUGCAUGGGAACAGCACUAACACGCAAGACAAAAGUGAAAUGAUCAGAUCUCUACAUCAGACAGCGAUCGGUUUGGGAUCGGCUUUGGGUUUGUGCUCAGUUUUGAUUUUCUGUCUCAUUUAUUUCAUACUGAGGAGAAGAAAAUGUGAAAACUGUAAAUUGAAGGCUUCUGUAGAAAACUCUAAUAGAACGAGGCAGGUACAUGCGCAGAAAUAUGAAGAAGAAACACUGAAUUAUGCAGCUUUGAAAUUCUCCAAGCCGAAACCCAAAGCUGGGAAAAGAAAAAGCUGAUGACUUUGUGAACUAUGAUGUGAAUUAUCAUUAGGAAAUUAUAUUAAAAUUAAUGUUGUUGUUUUUUUUAUAUAAUGACUAUAAUUAAAAUCACCUUUGAUUGGUUUACAAAAUCGAAUAAUAAGAAAUAUUAUUCACAGUAAGAUUUUUUUCUUUGCAGUGUAGAUAAACUACCAAAGCCACUGGUUUUGUUCUGUUUCUAAUAAAUUUUAUUUCAUUUAUUUAUAAUUUGCCCUCUGUGGAGAUUUUGUGGUAUGGUUUGUAUAACGUAAAGUAAAAAGCAAUGUUUCUAAUUAAACAGAAACAUGAAUAAUUAAUAAUAUUCUGUGUUUAAAGUUUAAAUGUGACUUAAACAUUAAAUGAGGGUUUUAUACAUACAGAUUUGCUCAUAAGGGAGAAAUAUUAGAAACAAAUAGUAACAAAAUUUUAAUCUUUAAAAUUUUUAUUCUGUUUCUAUAAUUCUGUGCAGAUGUUUGAUUAUAGUAAUGCAAUAAACUCCUAAAUGAUGUAGCAAUGCUGGCAAGUAUUCAGACUCUGUGACCUUGGAUUUUAAAGGAAGUAUCAUGAGGUAGCUGUUCUUUAUGUCCAUGUCUAUAUGAUAAGAACACAGGUGGUGGUUUGGUCAUCAACUCCAUGCAUGUUGGAUCUUAUCCACAAAAGCCCAGUUUUUAUUCCGAUCUAGCAGAACCAAGUUCUGGUUCUACUUCAGUAGACUCUAAAGCCCUAUUCGGAUGGGAUUAGUUUUAUGUGGGGACGUGGAGUAAUGCAAUUUUACCUCAGGAUGUCUGUAAUAUUAAUUGGCCAAUUCGCA